GGAGAGGUAGCAGGCAGGUCUGUCAGGCAGCGGUGGUCAGUGCGCGCAGGAUGGGCUCUGUCUGGGGCUUAGCUGUCCAUCUUCUUUUCUUCUGCUGGAAGGCAGGAGUCACUGCCAGCUCUGCAGGCCUGAGCAUCAGCAGUCCAGCUCCUUUGGUGACAACAGACAACAUACAAGUGCCCGCCUUUACUCAGUGUGUUCCUCCAGACACUCAAAGUCUGAAAGCUGAAACUGCUUCUAAAACCUUAAUUGCAACCAGUACCAGUUCAGAAGUCAAUUCCAGAGACACCCAGACAAUCUCUCCUAUACCAGAGACCAGGAACACCACCUCCCCUACAGCAUCAUCCCUGGAGACCCAGACCACCUCCCCUACAUUAUCAUCUCUGGGUACCCAGACCACCUCCCCUACAGCAUCAUCUCUGGGUACCCAGACCACCUCCCCUACAGCAUCAUCCAUGGGUAUCCAGACCACCUCCCCUGAAGCAUCAACCCUGGGAAGCCAGACCACUUUCCCUACAACAGAGGCCCUAAAGAACCAGACCAUCUUCCCUGUUGAAUUGACCCUAAAGACCCAGACCAUUUCCUCUGUAACAGAGACCAGAACUCUUGCAAUAAGAAUACCUUCCAACUUCACGGUUGUGCACCCCAUCCCUACAGAUACCUCAGAUACUUUGGCUACAAGUGGCAGCCCCAGAACUGGAAUGAGCAUUGUCAAGUCUGGCACAGUGAGUGAUCCCAUAGAAGCCAUCUUUGACACCCUCUGUACUGAUGACAGCUCUGAAGAAGCAAGGAAGAUCACAAUUGACCUCUUAACCUUGGCAUACACCUCCACAGAAGCCGAAUCCCUGUCCUCAGAGAGCAGCUCCUCCUCGGACAGCUCAGGUGGGGUCCUCACCAGCUCACGGGUCCUGGAACCCGACAUUGCAACUCCAGCCAAGGACUCAAUUGCUUUCAGCAUCACCCACAUUAAGCUCACCACCUGUAUCACAGAAAUAGAAACAUCUGUCAUCUCUGGGACCCCAGACACAAAUCACAGCCCUACAGGAGCUACAGCCUCAUCCACGUCUGAGAUGCUAACUUGGCCUCAAUCCCCAGAGGCAAAACUACUUAGCCCCAAGACCACAAGCUCACCUGGGACCCUGUCAGCAUCCAGCACCUCAGUCCUUGCUACCACCCUUGAGGGCACACUCCCUAUUCAUGUCACAGUAAGAGAAACAACAGUGGCUCAGAUUCCCACCUCCGAUGGAACUUUGGUGACAGUUAGUAUGAACCCACUUAAAAAGACCUCAGCGCUCUCUACUGAGACACAAGGCCACACUGAGGUCUUGGGAACAAUUACAGUCCCCAGGUCAACAAUGGGAAAAGCAACCUCCUUCUCUGGUUCCUCAACUUCAGACAGCAGUCCCUCAGCAGGGACCACCACCAAGAACUCUAUUACCUCAGAGACUUUAACCGCAGACGAUAUGACCAGCAGCUCCUUCCUCACAGGUAGUCAUGUUCUUCCUUUUGUCUCUUCAACUACAGCUAGUACUAGCAAAAAACCAAACGUGCCCUCAGCCAAGACCACAGCUUCACCAAAGACCGCAGUGAAGCCUCCAACACCUACACCCACCGCUGCCUGGACAAGGAGAACCACAAAACACGGUCCAGGAGAAGAUGGAGGCUUUCUCCUAGUCAGGCUAAGUGUGGCCUCCCCUCAGGACCUCACUGAGCCAAAAGCCACAGAGAAGCUGAUGCACCAGCUCAGCUGUGAACUGCACACCCACAUGCCACUUGUUCAAGUGUCCUUACUGAGCAUCAGAAGGGGCUGAAGAAUGUUAACUGCAGCCAGGCAUGUCCUCUAUACUGCAAGAAAA